AUGAGGCACGAAUCCUCACCGGUCUCUGAAAUGGAAUCUACCGACGAUAUGCACGAAGCGUUGUUCGCGAAGCGAGGUUGUUGUUUCCUUAUGCCCUGCCUUGCCUCAUCUCAGCCGUCCACUCGCGGCGGAUCUGUGUGGUGGCAACGGAUCAGGACCGUCGACAAACUCGAGCCAGACGAACGGUGGUGGAUUCGAGGGUGGAGGAAGAUGAGGGAGUGGUCGGAGAUCGUCGCUGGACCUAGAUGGAAAACUUUUAUCCGCAGAUUUGGACGCAACCACUGCUGCGGCGGAGGAGGUGGAAACAGCGGCGGAGGAUGCGGUGCAAUCCCUAAUCGAUCGGAACACGGUAAAUUCCGGUACGAUCCGUUGAGCUACUCUUUGAAUUUCGACGACGGAAAGCAAACCGGACAUUUUGACGACGAGUUUCCUUACAGAGAUUACUCGAUGAGGUUCGCUGCACCUUCCUUGCCGGUCUCCACUAAAUGCUCCAUCGAUUUCGAUAACGACAGUUACGCGCCGCCGCUUCAUAACUGA